CGUCUGCAUUACUGAGCACAGUGGUGAGUGGCCGCCGGCGACCGGCGUAGUCCGAGACAGUGAAUAGUGAGGCGUGGAUUUGGCGCGAAUGCAUAUUCGCAUUUUUACGAGAGGCACAUUACGAGCAAGAUCUUACGGAUCAUUCACUCAACGUGCAUCAUCAGUGAUUAGCGUCCAUCUUAUCUGCACGUGGCCUUAAGUUCAUCUUGUCGGUUGCCAGAAGAUUCUACGGAAGGGUCGCCGAAGAGCAAACGGAAAUCCUUUCCUUUGCAUGUUUCCGUCUCACUGUACAAAUUUCAAAGAUGGAGAAGCGGCAAACACUUGAUGAUGUUCGCACACUUAUCCUGUCCUUACUGAUCUCUCGGAAAGAUCCCUUAUCUGUUGCUCGUCUAGACAGGGAUUAUUAUGAACAAGAGAAAACUCGUAUACCGUAUCGUCAAUUUGGUUUUGCCACCUUACUAGAAUUUCUUCAAAGUAUGCCGGAUCAGUUCAAGAUUGAGCAGUAUAAUGGUAGUCACUAUGUACGCGGGAUUGCGUCGGACAAGAGUAAGCACGUGAGUUCGCUGGUGGCGCGACAGAAGCGACCGACGAACGCGAGAAAUCCACCCCGAUUUCUUCCACCUCAUUUACGUCAGUCUUCGUCAUCUACAUUCAAUCGCCAUCCCCAGCAUACAAGGCAUCAGCCAGUUAUAAUCUCACAUGACAAGUUACUUCUUCUUGUACAAUAUAUCCAGAGCAAUCCAAAUGGCGUGGGUAUGGACAGAGCUGUGAAAUUUGCACAGAAGCUAGUGCCAUAUACCAAUCUGUCUGAACAAGAUUUGCGGGCUCAGCUGCGCGAGCUGCCGCAUCAAGUGCACCUGCAAGGUAGCAUGGUAUAUCCGGCCCAGAAUAAUGAUCUGCAGGAUAGCGCAGCCUAUUCGCAGCCCAUGAAAGUGCCUGUGAGGGAAGAGCCACAAUCGUGGAACAAGCCAGAGUCAUCGAGCGAUGUAGCAUCGCCUCUGAACGCGCAGAAUGUAUUUGUCGCCGGAGAGGAGGACCAGGAUUGGAUAGAAUGUUCCAGCGAUGAAAAUGAUUUCAUACCAGCCGGUUGUAAUCCCGGUAGCAAUUAUAAGAAACGUGUAAAAACGAGCGAGCUGCUUGAAACGAAUAUUGCGCAGCAUAUGAAAUAUGAGCAAACUGACAUGUACAAGCUGAAGAACAAUUUGGAAAAUGGAGACGACAUGUACAAGGCCAAAAACGAUUUAGAAGACGACGACUACAGUAUCACGAUAAAUAGCAGUAAGAGCAACACAGGAACGAAAGAUAUCAAACUCCUUGAUUUAUCCGAGAUAAUUAGCGACAGAACAAAGCUUCGAUUGGAGAAAUUACUGGAAAAACAUCCGGACGGUAUCUGGUGUGCCGAUCUGCCUGAUAUAUACCUUAACGAGUACAAGGUGCCCUUAAGUUACACGGACCUUGGCUUUACGAGUGUGCGCGAAUUCACGUCUCACCUGCCGAAAAUUUUCUACAUGACACAAGUCCAUAAAACCUCUGACUUUUUGUUAUAUAGCGCGGAUAAGAGGCCAGUAGUUCCGAAAACAGAUUCUAUUGACAUAGCACAAGCUUCGAAUACGCAUACGCUUCACAACAAAUACGACGAGCACAGUUCAGAUAUGCAAGCACAUUGUAGAAAUGCUGAAGAUGACCCAAUCCCGUCGGAAGUUUCGCCUACCAUUACCAGAAAAUUCGCUCCCAACGAUGUAAUGAAUUAUGGUGAUAAAGUAGGAAAAAUAUCAGUGACUGAAUUACAACAGAUUACAUUACAACACAAAACGUUCUUAGAGGUAUAUGUUUGUGAAGUAUUCAAUCCAAGCUUUUUCUGGAUACAUCUUCGAAAAAACAAGAUCCAAUUUCAAAAGUUGAUGAGUGACAUACAUGAUUUUUACAGUGAUGAGUCGAACCAAAGUUCAUAUACUAUUGCAAAAAUUGCCUUGAAAAAGGACUUGAAUUGUGCCUGCAUUUAUUUGAAUAAUUGGCACCGAGGAAUUAUUAAGAGUGUAAAACCGGAUUUCAGAAUAACGGUAUUUUUUUAUGAUUUCGGUACUUUGAAGACAUAUGCGCCUGAGGAGGUAUUCUAUUUGCAUAAAAAGUUUGCCUAUUUGCCCGCUCAAGCAAUACCUUGCAGCCUAUAUAAUGUUAAACCAAUUGUUGGUGAUCGCUGGAAGAAAAGCGUAUGCGGUCAAUUUAUUGAUAAGAUCUCUGAAUCUCUUCUAGUUGCAAGCAUAAUUUCUGUUGAUGCUGUGAACAACUCUAUGGUGGUUGUUUUGACCGAUACAACCGAAGAAGAGGAUGUGCGUAUAAACAAUUGGUUAGUGAAUGAGAGAUUAGCGCAAGUUGGUCAAAUGGCUGAUGCCGUCGACAUGGCGAGUAUAAUGAAGUAUGUGGUAAACAUUUCGAACCAAUUACCGACGUAUUGCUUUGCGGAGGAGAGCCUGAUGCCAGACAACUGCUACAAAGCAACAUCGACAGAGGAGAAACACGAGGUACCUUUAGUUCCACCUGGAUCGACGACGUCUGUACAUCAUGAUAAUCAACAACAGCCGAUGAGACCGCCGACGAUGCCUGUGCAUCAUGAUAAUCAGUAUCAGCAACAGCCGAUGAGACCGGCUGCGACGCCUGUGCAUCAUGAUAAUCAGUAUCAGCAACAGCCGAUGAGACCGGCGGCGACGCCCGUGCAUCAUGAUAAUCAGUAUCAGCAACAGCCGAUGAGACCGGCGGCGACGCCUGUGCAUCAUGAUAAUCAGUAUCAGCAACAGCCGAUGAGACCGGCGGCGACGCCUGUGCAUCAUGAUAAUCAGUAUCAGCAACAGCCGACGAGACCGCCGCCAGGUUUUUCGCCUCUCGGCGAACAGCGCAUUCCGUCUGAUGCGUCGCCAAAGAACUCCCAGAACGGCUGUUGCUUCGCGAGUGCGUCGAACGCGUCGGACGUGUCGAGCACGAGGAUGUCAAUCUUUGACGACGCGGAGGCGAUGACAAAUCCGUUUUUGGCGGACGAACAAUACAUGCCUAACGACCUUAUAAAACAGUUCAACAUGUCGAUCUGGAAUGACAGUAAGAUGUUGCAGAGCGAGUUGACUGAUAUUCUCUGCGAUCUACUGGAACAUACGUCACUCUCGAUCUUGAAUCAGAUGGAACUGAAUAAAAUCUUGAGGAUUAUCAAGAAGGUUUUGUUGACACGAAAAGAAAGUUAUUCGGCCGAAAAAGCGAAAGCUUCGUCAACGUCCAAUCUCGCGAGCGGAAUGGCAUCGAAUGACGCGGGUUCGGCACAGAAGGCGUUUAAUUUCAACAGCGAAACUGCCGCGAAUCGGGAGUUUAAUGCAAAUACUUUCCCGACUUUAAAUCCGUUUAACACAAACGGACCGUCGACCCAGAGUAACGCGUUUUCUCCUCAGAACAGUUCAGACGGUUUUACUUUUAGAAGCAACUGGAGUCAAUCCGACGACCUUGGCUCGCGCAUGCCAAUGCCUCCCUCGGCAGCUACGACUUCCGUACCUUCGGCAUUCAUUAAUCACACAUCAUCAGCCAACACCUUCCUUCCAAAGGCCAGUCAGAACGGUGAAAACGUUCCUCUGGCGACGCCGAUAUCUCCUACGCCAACGAACACCAAUAUCCCGAACAAUCUCUCAGAAUACCUGGACAGUGUGAACGCCCAGUUCGCCAAUAUGCUCAAAGACACAAAUCCCUUCAAGCCUCCCGUGACUAACGCAACGCAGGUACCGGAGAUGCAGAACGAGCGAACAGCUGGUAGCUACGACGCGGGCAUCGCCCGAUCGUCGUAUCAUCCGACCCAAAAUCCACAGGGCACUUUGCAAACGGAAACCACGAAUAUGCACGCGAGGAGCAAUUGCUUCACGCCCGCCGGUAACCAGGGACAUGUCAGCGAAAAUUAUACUCCGAGAAUGGUUUAUGAGUCCGGGCCGGUGAUGUAUAACACGCAGAAGAAGCAAGCAGCAGACGCAAGUGUGAGACAAAACGCAUGCAGUAGCAAUAACGUUCAGAACGCUCAGAAGCCUUUCGAAUUUGGACAAUCCAUCGGUAAGAGACCCGCAUCGCGGGUUUCACAGCCUGUGAGCGCUACUCCGCAGCACAAAAUGAUGAGUAACAAGAUGAUGAGAGAUAGCUUGCCGAUCGACGAGACUUACGCUCGACCAUCGGCAUAUUAUGCGCAAAGUUCACAGCCAGUAGUAAAUGGCGACUCGAAUUAUUAUCAGCAAAACAGUAACGCGGAUAAUUUGCGACCUGCGCCGUCGCAAGGUUGGCGUCAAGUCGACGCUUCGGAACAUUGGACCGAUUCGAAAUUUCAAAACAGCGUCCCUUCGUCGAGUCACAGCGAGAGCUCUACGUUUGUCAAAUCGACUAGCUUGCCCCACCAAGAUUGGAACUGUGAUAAAUCCGUACCUCGAGAGAUGAAUAAAGCGACCGAUUUGAGCAAUGCUUUCAACGUUAAAGAGGACCGCGACAAAGAGAGACUGAUGGAUAUUUGCACAAAUUCCUGGUACAACACCGAGAAUGGAUCUAUUCAGAAGAGAAAUCCUUUUGUGUUUCAAAAAAUUGAUUCAGUUAAAGGCGUGACGUUUAUAUUUAAUUUUGAACAGGACGGUUGGAUGUUGACAUCAGAGUUUGUAGAUACCUUUACGAAUUUCAAGUUGUACUCUCGCUUGUUGGCCACGGUAGAAAUACUGAAUAUAAAAGUUGUUUUUAAAGAAAUCCUGAGGUCUGAAUAUCCAGAACAAUUUUUACAACUGGAUAGAUUUCCUCUAAAUGUUCCUCGUGAUUCUGAGAGGCGCAUUAUUUCUAUUAGUUUGAUCUCGUUGCAAAGCGCGAUCGGAUUAUUGCACAAGCUGAAGAUAAUUUCACGUGAAGAAAUAGACAAUGCUUUUAAGAUGAACGAGUUUUCGGACGGUUCUGUUCUACGUACUUUGUGGACUUUGAUCGUCUCUUACCGCGACUUGAAACGACAUAUUGAACUAUGUUCAAAUUAAAUGUAAAUGUUUGGGAGAGAUAUAUACAUAUGUAGAUUAUACAACUUUUGUUUCGAUGGGCCAAUGAACUAUAAUUUCAUGAUUUUGUAAUUUGUUCGACUGAUAUCUAGUAUGAUUGCUAUUGGCCAGUGAUAUGUGAUGCCAUUACGAUAACGUUUUUUUUUUUUAUAAGAAAUUACUAUUAUAAACAACGUCAGUACAUAGUAGUGCAUAAGUAUGUAAGUUUUAUUUUUAUUUUUUUUUUACGUUUAUAUAACGAGAAUAAAUAUAAUGAGAACGAUUUAUGUUUUACCUCUAAGCUACUUUGAAUUCUGUACUGUAAAUUGUAAUGGUGAUUGUUACAAGAUACGAGAAGAAUAUAUCAAAUGUAUUAGCGAUGAGCAAAAGUAUGUCUGGUUCAGAUGUUGUGAGUAGAACUGCAAGCUUUUUUUUUUGCGUCUCGCUAUACUUUUUUCACCAGUAAUUGGCCGAUCGUUAACAACUAGAUGAAAGACUCAGUGCACAAGAUCAGUUCAAUUUUGCUGCAUUAGAACAGACAUGUUUGCUCUCAAUUGUGCCUAGUCGGUUAGAUUUUCUUUUAUAUUAUUAUUAUUUUUAGUCAUUCAACAUAUAUAUGCAAUUCUUUAAUUAAACAAGUUACCAUUUUUGUUUACUGAUUAAGUAUAGCCUUAAGUGAUAAUAUGAUUGAGAGAUAUUUUUGUAAUUUUUAUAUUGUGACGUAAGAAUAUAAUGAACGUAAGUUACCAUAUUUGGUCAACAAAGAGAUAAAAUAUGUCUCUGUUAAAAUAUAUCUCAUUUAAAAAAA